AUCCCCACCUCUUUCUCUGUCUUUCUCUCCUAUCCUAACCAACAUGGCCGCUAAGUCGGAUGGAGCAGCGGUGUCUGUGGAAGAUGACAACACGCCCAGGAGCCUCUCGGAGCCGGGGAUCCCCGCCGCCCGGCCCCGCUGCAGCGCCGCCGGCGGGAAGCCCUACACCCUGCUGGACUGCUGCUGGGUGCUCUGCGCCCUGCUCGUCUUUUUCUCCGACGGCGCGACAGACCUGUGGCUGGCCGCCGACUACUACCUGAGAGGUGACUUCUGGUGGUUCGGCUUGACGCUCGUCUUCGUGGUGGUGCCCUCCGCCGUGGUCCAGGUUCUGAGUUUCAGGUGGUUCGUGUAUGACUACACGGAGCUGAGCGGCGGAGACGGAGCAUCGAGCGGCAGCGGGACCUGCGCGGCGGCGGCGGCGGCAGGCGCGGCAGGAGGAGCAGCCGCGCUCGACGACAACGGUUUAAGCACCAAGGACAGCGACCAGCGCGGUGGAAGCGCGGUGGCGGUGAACGCCGCGAAUGCUACCCCGGUUUACACGUCCCCUACCCCGCCUGCCGCGGCAGCGAGAGUCGGAGCCCCGCGGAGGUGCUGCACCAUCUGCAUGUGGGUCUUUCAAUCCGUGCUCCACGUCCUGCAGCUCGGGCAAGUGUGGAGGUACAUCCACGCUCUCUACCUGGGCGCGCAGAGUCGUUUGCACAGCAACGGGCCCCGUCGUCACUUCCACUGGCGGCUGAUGUUCGAGAGCGCCGACAUCACCAUGCUCCGCCUCCUGGAGGCGUUCCUGAAGUCCGCCCCGCAGCUCGUCCUCCAGCUGAGCAUCAUGAUCCACGGAAACACCGUCCUCCCGCUGCAGGGUCUCUCUGCCUCUGCCUCCCUGGUGUCCUUGGCCUGGAUGAUCGCCUCGUACCAGAAGGUUCUCCGGGACUCCCGCGAUGACAAACUGCCAAUGUCCUACAAGGCCGUGAUCACCCAGAUGCUGUGGCACUUUUUCACCAUUGGGGCGAGGACGGUGGCCUUCGCCCUCUUUGCUUCCGUCUUCCAGCUCUACUUCGGGAUAUUCAUCGUCAGCCACUGGUGUGUCAUGACCUUCUGGAUCAUCCAAGGUGAGACCGACUUCUGCAUGUCCAAAUGGGAGGAGAUCAUCUACAACAUGGUGGUUGGCAUCAUCUACAUCUUCUGCUGGUUUAAUGUCAAAGAGGGCCCCAGUCGUUUUCGUAUGACUGUCUACUACUCUGUGACCCUGGCUGAGAAUGUGGCACUGACUGCCGCCUGGUACACCUACCGAGGGCCGCACACCUCUGACUCCUACGCCCUGGUGGUUGUGUGCCUGGUGGCCUGCAGCUUUGCCCUUGGAACCUUCUUCAUGUUGGUCUACUACUGCUGGCUUCACCCUGACGGGCCUGUUCUGGGCUCACAGUGGGGAGGGUGUGUGGACGAGGGCCUGGUGGGUGCAGGAGGGGUAGUGGGGGUGAUUGAUGCUUGCCUCACCCCUUCACAAGGAUCCCAAACGGACAUGGUCAUUACUAGCCCUCCAAGGACACUCCCCAGGACUAAAGACACAGGGGAGCCCAUUCCAGGUGAACGAGACAAGGACAGGGACAGGGACAGUUGCCUACCUGUCUUCCAGGUACGUCCCUCCCCUUCGUCCUCUCCUGCACUCCUUCACAGGACCUCCUCCUCAUCCCGCUCACAGGAGGGCCCCGUGAUUCGGAUUGACCUCCCUAGAAAGCGAUACCCAGCCUGGGAUGCUCACUUUAUCGAUCGUCGCCUCCGCAAGACCAUUCUGCUGCUAGAGACCACAUCCGCCAUCAGCCCGAGGAUACAGUACAGGAGUAGCAUGAUGGGCAGCAAAGAGGUACUAGAGUAUGAGACAACUGUCUAAGCCGACCUGGGCUCUGAAAAAUUCAAGUAUAGUCUGGGACCAAGGCUCAGCCUGAGAGCAGUUUUGCAUCCCAAGACUCCCUACGCCAGGAGAAGCAUGGAAAGGAGACACAGUGUGUUGGUCAACUCUUUUUAAGAAAAAAGGUUGGCAUAACUUGAUUGUAAAAUGUAUAGAGCGAUCCAGGACCAAGGCUCCCUCCUUAGGCCACAGUCCAGGAGCAAGUAGCAUGAAUGAGCCAUGGGAAGUAAACAGAGUUACACUAAACUGGGAUAAUCUUCAUCUUUCUGAAAGAUUGAGGGUGAGAAAUGUAAUCUCUCAUCUUGGGACCAAGAAGUGUUAGAUUUAGUUUCAUACUGCACAGUCUAAAGAAAGAGUAAAAGAAUUUGAGAGCAAUGAAGCCUCAAAGGUUGAGGUAAUUGAGAAACAGUCUGCUGCAUGAACUUGAGCCAUGGACCCCAGAGACUCAACAGAGACUUACAAGGAAACUACUAAAGACUGGUUGCAAGAGUUUGCAAGGGACAUGCAAUCAAGUUUGGUCUGGUAGUAAAAUUAGACAAUGCAAAUACAGGGACUCACUACCUAUUUAAUAUUGUUUGAGUGUUUUUUUUAAGUCAAAAGAUGCCCUUAAAGCUGAGCUAGUACUUCUUAUAGAUUAUGCUGUGGUUAAAUAAAUAUAUUUAGUGUUUAUUUCAGUGAAUCAAGACUUAACGAAAGGUCAAAUAUCAUCAAAUAUGAAUGAAACAUUGGCUAUCUACAAUGUAGAUCUUUUACCUUUCAACCUCAUUCAGCCCAGUAUUAACCAAGACUUCUACUUUCCUUUAAACCUCCAAAUCACUUUAUUUCUUUUUUUUUUAGUUUGUUUGAUAUUGGAAAGAUCAUAGUUUUUCAUGUUAUAUUCAUCCAUGCCUUCAAAGGUUGCAUGUCCCUCACAAACUUUGGUAACCACCCUUCAAGCAUUCUGCCCGAGGCGUCCAAAAAGAAAUAUGGUUCCAUUCAUGGGGAACCAGUCUCAUGAGAGCAGGACCAAUGAAAUGUAAGAAAUUAAGGCCUGAGAUACAAGUGAUAACAGUCACCCAUCCAUAUGUGAUAUAAAAGCAGCCAUAGCAGAAGUUCCACUGUACAUCCCAGCUGCACCUUCACCCCUGACCUGAAAAGAGACAUAGUUUGGAGAAAUCAACCAGGACUGGAUGUAAGGUAGACCACUUCUGCAAUGGCUCGCACCAUAUGGCAUGCUGGAACUAACCACAAUCAGGCCUGUGAUGUACAGUUGAACAAAUACAGAUGUCAGAUAUAAGCUAUUAUAAUAAGCUGUAGUUAGGUGAUGACUUACUUUUGGGUGAAAAGCUUCAUUUACUCGUGAGAGUCUAAAUGUUGUCAACUUUUCUUGGAAUACAUACCAUGUAGGAGUACCAAGGCUAUCAUGAGAAACCUCAUUAAUGAAAGCAUUCUCCAGUGUUUGGUUUUGGGGGAGAACGGCAGCUGACAAAAAUGUCUUUUUAUCAUGUCAACAGACUUAAAAUAUACGACGGUUUGUGGGAAUGUGAAAGCACUUCAACAUCCAGUAUGCAGUAAAUACAGGGGACAAUAAAUGCAAAGCAAAAGCCAAUUGGUAAUAAGAUCUCUGAGAUAAAAAAAAGUGGUAUGAUAUUUUAGCAUGCUAGCUAUUUAGCAAUAGCUGCUGAUUCUUCUUACAGAUGUUGACAACUGUUUGGAUUCGGUCUUGUUGUUUACAAAUUGAAACCACGUACAGGCCUUUGAUUAAACUAGUUUAGGUAGAUUCAGGUGUGGAAUGCUAAGUGACAUAAUCGGAAGACUGUUUAGAAAAAAAAGAAAUGGUGUGAACUGAUUAGAAAUUCUCUUUUCUCUUUUUAACCUUUUUGUGAAACCCAAGGCAACAAAUUGAGCAAAUUCACCAGUAGCCAACUUCAGUGACAGAUUUCUCUUGACUCCCUUUAAACAUCUUUUUAAAUGUUUUUUUAAAAGUGGUCACAUUUGUGAUGAUGUCUGGUUCCUUCAAGUCCAUCCUAGAAACAUUUCAGCCAGUGGAUUGUUUAAGAUGAGGGGGGAAGGGUAUCUUUACCAAUUAUUAAAAAAUAAUUGUAUUAAAGUACAUAAGAUACCCUAUGGGACCAGGAUGUAUCUCAAAGACCAUGUUGAACACAAUGCAUCUAAAGAUGCAUAAGAAAUACUUUAAAGUGAUAGAAACUUACAAGCAUUUAGAAGAUGCCAAUAAUCAGAGGGUCAUAAAAUCAUGAUUAACUAACAUGAGCAAAAACAAAACAAAAAGUUAUGACAGUAAAAUGUACAUCACACUGAGAUGAACUUUUCUCAAAGAUAAUUAGAUUGGAGGCUUUCCAAACAGGACACUCGACAUCUCUGAAUAUCUACAAAUGGGAUAUCCCAUAUACCUUAAAGAAGUUAUGGGCUGUUUUAUCAAUAUCAACAUUUCACUUCAUUAUGGAAAUAGGGAAAUAAGGAAUCCAUCAAGAGAAAGCUGUAGAGGAAGAGGAAUCUGUUAGCUUUCUCCAUUCUGGUGGUAAAUGGGAAGAAAAACAACAAAAACAUGUUUGAUUUUUGAGAAUCCAGUGCAGUUUUAAUUAUCACCUUUAGCUGAUGAUGUACAUGUAUUCUGAGGGGUUCAUCAAACUUCCAGGACGAGAAUUUCCAACCUCAUGUCCUUGCAUAGAUGACAUGAGCAAGUAAUUAAAAGCCGUUUACAAAUUGCUUUAGAUAAGCAGCCUUGAUGCAAGCAGUAUUAAUAUUAAUUUGGCAAAGCGUUUCUGUCAACCUGGAUGACUUCAAAUGUAUAACCACCAUGAGGCAGUUGAGCACUGAAUCAUUCCUUGUUGACACCAUAAUAUCCUUGUUGAGAACAUCCAAUUUGAAAAAAAAACAGGCUUCACUCUAAUACUCUACUCAAUGUUCUAAUUUUGAGGGUAAGAUAAGUGACAGAGAUGUCCUAAAAACUGUGACUAGUUCCAUUAGAUUGUCUUCAAAACGUUCUACUAUUAUCGUAUAAAUUUG